AUGAUCCUUCCCAAUUCCUCCUGCAUCUUAGAAGAUGAGAUGUGUCCAGGGAACAGGACCACCAUGGCCAGACCCCAACUGAUGCCCCUGGUAGUAGUCCUGAGCUCUAUAUCCUUGGUCACAGUGGGACUAAACCUGUUGGUCCUCUAUGCCAUCCGGAGGGAGAGAAAGCUGCAUACAGUGGGGAACCUGUACAUCGUCAGUCUCUCAGUGGCAGACCUGGUUGUGGGGGCUGUUGUCAUGCCCAUGAACAUCCUGUACCUUCUUAUGACCAAGUGGUCUCUGGGUCGGCCUCUCUGCCUCUUUUGGCUGUCUAUGGACUAUGUGGCCAGCACAGCGUCCAUUUUCAGUGUGUUUAUCUUGUGCAUUGACCGCUACCGCUCUGUCCAGCAGCCCCUCAGAUACCUGAGAUAUCGUACCAAGACCCGAGCAUCAGCCACCAUCCUGGGUGCCUGGUUUCUUUCCUUCCUGUGGAUUAUCCCCAUUCUAGGCUGGCAUCACUUCAUGCCAGGGGCCUCAAAAUGUCACGAAGACAAGUGUGAGACAGAUUUCUAUGAUGUCACCUGGUUCAAGGUCAUGACUGCCAUCAUCAACUUCUACCUGCCAACCUUGCUCAUGCUCUGGUUCUAUGCCAAAAUUUACAAGGCUGUACGGAAGCAUUGUCAGCAUCGGGAGCUCACCAAUGGAUCCCUCCCUUCCUUCUCAAAAGUCAGGUUAAGGCAGGAAAAUCCCAAGGUAGGCACCAAGAAGGUGGGGAGGAAAUCUCCCUGGGAGUUACUGAAACGGAAGCCAACAGAUGCCAGUGACGGACCUGGCUCAAAGCCACCAUCCCAAGAUCCAGAGGAGAUGAAAUCCCCAGUUGUCUUGAGCCAAGAAAAGGAUGAAGAAGUAGCGCAGCUCCACUGUUUCCCUCUUACCACGGUGCAGACAGAGACUGUGAUAGAGGGGAGUUGCAAGGAGCAUGCAGCCAUUGACAAGAUCCAACUGGAGAUUGAUGAGCAGGACCUCAACACACAUGGAACCGGGGAGAUAUCUGAGGACCAGUCCUUCUCCCGGACAGACUCAGACACUGCCACCGAGCCAGUGGCAGGGAAAAGCACACUGCAAAGUGGGUCUGGCACAGGUAUGGACUACAUCAAGCUCACAUGGAAGAGGCUGCGCUCACAUUCGAGACAGUAUGUGUCCGGAUUACACAUGAACCGUGAAUGGAAGGCGGCCAAGCAAUUGGGUUUUAUCAUGGCAGCCUUUAUCCUUUGCUGGAUUCCAUACUUCAUCUUUUUCAUGGUCAUCGCCUUCUGCAAGAACUGCUACAAUGAGCAUGUGCACAUGUUUACCAUCUGGCUGGGGUACAUCAACUCCACACUGAACCCCCUUAUCUACCCCUUGUGCAAUGAGAACUUCAAAAAGACAUUCAAGAAAAUUCUGCACAUUCGCUCCUAA